AUGAGCUGGGCCGCGGAGCUAGAAGCUAUCGAGACGGAACUGCAUGACGAGAUCUACAAUAAAGGCACGGAUGCAAAUGUGACAUUUAUCUCAUAUAAUAAAAUUCAAAAGGUAUGGGCCGGAGAUCGUCUCGACCGUUUUCUAAGAGAUCCUCGCUGUGACCCCGAUCAUGGCACCGCUCAAGCAAUUUCAAACCUGCAAAUCGAGGAAGCACGACGUGGUUUGCUUCGCAUGAUUUCGCUGUUGAUUGGAAUUUCUUGGUCAGGCUGGGCAAGGUUCAAAAAAAUCUUCUUUCUAAAUCCUAUGGCUGCCACCCAACGCCGUGACAACAACAUCGAGAAUCUGGAAUACGAUGACCUAAAACACGACUCGUUUCUUGGCAACACCCCGUUCAUAGAAAGGUUUCGACAGGAUCGAUGGAUCUAUAUCCCUAUUACUUUGAUCGGUGGCGGAGAACACGAUUACAAAUAUGGUAGACGGUUACCCCUCGUGCGACAAAAAUGCUCGCGCCGAGAGGGCGCGUUUGGAGAAGUAACAAAGGAAAAAAUAUUACCGGGUCAUAUUGUGUUGAAACAUUCGAGCCAUCAUCUCGGCCUACCAGACCAAACCAAUUCGGCCGAACUCACGGUUGCUCGAAAGCUCUAUCCAGCCACAAGCGAAUUGUUUACCCCCCUCGCAACCGUCAUAAUUGGCACCGACUUGAACAUUAUCAUGCCGUGGGCAGAUAUGGAUCUCGAAGACUACCUUCUUGGGGAAUACCGAUCCAUGAGUUCUGACAUUCCCUUGCUUGAAAGUCUGUUGAAAGAGUCCGGCGAGCUCGCAGCGGCCCUUGAAUUCCUCCAUCGUGGUCUGCAGGCUGAGUGUGAGUGGCCGGAUCUUUCACCCCAAGGAAUUUGUCACGCGGAUUUCAGACCUCGAAACAUCCUGGUUUUUAGAAAGAACAACUCGUCAACAGGGACCUGGGCAAUCACUGACUUUGGUGUAUCUCACCGAUCGCUCGGCAUUUUAUCAAGUGAUAGAAAUGAAUCUGGCUUGUCCAUCACCAGGCACUCAGUUCCUCAACCACGGGGUGGGAUAUACCAAGCGCCCGAUCCACAUGCUCGACGAAGAAGCGAUAUUUGGUCUUUCGGAUGCAUCCUUGUGCAGAUCUUUUCUUUGGGGCUUGAACUUCGAUAUCAGUUUCAACUUGGUGCAUUGCAAGAAGGACCAUUGAACUGGAAACCUUUCGGGGACCGUUUUUGUGGAGAAGAACCUCCAGCUCUGAACCAGAAUGUUGGGGCUUGGAUUGCGGAGCUGCCAAAAAGAUAUCAUGGACUAUACGAUGACAUGUUCUUGGCCGAAAUGCAAAGUCUUCUUUCUUGGAUGCUUCAGAUAGACUUAGAAAUGCGACCGCGAGCAACUGAUGUUCGUCGCUGCUUGCACAGGCUUUAUAAGGUUGCAACUGGACGCAUCUUAGAGUCUGUCGAUUCAAGCUCCAUCACAUCAUCUCCAACAACGGCCACUCGGCCAAGCAUUUCGAGUCUCUUCCCAACAAUAACUCCUGACCCGCCAGUAUAUGGUUUAACUGUCGGUGCCCUUGUGAGUAGCAUUAAAUCGGGAAGCGUUGACGAUAUUAAUGAAUGUCUGCGACACCGACCUGAUGUCGAAGGCCACCAUGAAAAUGACCGGCCUUUGAUUCAUGCUAUCGAAAGGAAAGAGGACCCAAUGCUCAGGGCCCCAAUCAUCAGUGCACUUUUGCUGCACAACCCAGAUCUGGACGUGAUAACUCGCUCAUUCGCAGAAGAGACUCCCCUCAAUCUUGCUGUUUUUCAAGGCGAUGUGGAUACGGUGAGAGUCUUGAUUGGCGUCCUAAUCAAGAAAGAGUGCCAAUCAGCUCUGAAUGAGCUCUCUAGAGACAGGAAAACACCACUCAUGGAAGCAGCCUCACGAAAUCAUGUAGCUGUGGUUACAGCGCUUUUGGACGGUGGUGCAGAUACCACAAUCUGCAUGGGGGAAUAUCAACAUAAUUGCCUGCAUUUCGCGGUACUUAGCAUUAAGUCCGAGGAAGAUCUUCUCAAGGCAUUUUUGGGAAGAGAAAUUGAUUUCAACUUAUCUCCGAGUGGAAUCGAGGGGUAUGAGACACCUAUGAUGCAACACAUAAAGCUCGGGGUCAAUGAGGAAUAUGGUGAGAGGGUCAAUACCAAAUGGGAAAGAAAGUUCAAUGUGCUCUGCGACGGAGGAGGAGAUGUGAAUAUGACAUACCCCCAAAAAAGUCCUUUACAGCUUGCCAUUGAAAAGGAUAAAGUUGAUAUUGUCAGAAUUCUUCUGAAUGCCGAUGCAAUCCUUCCUCCUAGGGAGAAUGGGACCUCAAGCCAAAUGAGAAGAUUGAUUACUCAAAUACGGAGAGAUAGAAGGGCAGCAUAA